CGUCGUCACUUCCGGGUUGCCGUCGUCACUUCCGGCGCGCCAGCGACAUUCAUCCGGCUGCGACGAGACGCGUUUCACCGAGUGCUGCAAAAUAAAGCGAAAGGAUGUCUAAGAGGAAGGUCACUUUUGUGGAUGGAGUUGAAGAGGGUGAUGAUGAGCAGAAAAAAAGAAGGCUCCCGGAUGUAGCGGCAGGCCCGGGAAGUCGAUUUAAAGGGAAACAUUCUCUGGACAGCGAUGAGGAAGAUGAUGACGAUGAAACCAGUGAUGGACGUUCUGCAAAGUAUGACAUAUUGGCACCAGAGGAUGUUGAAGGACAAGAGAACGCUACUCUGGACUCGGAGGGUGGCGUACCAAUUACUCCUUUUAACCUGAAGGAAGAAAUGGAGGAGGGGCACUUUGAUUCAGAGGGCAACUAUUUUUUGCGUAAGGAGGACCAGAUUCGGGACCACUGGCUUGAUAAUAUUGACUGGGUCCGUAUUAAGGAGCCCACUGCACCCGCAGUUUCCACAGAUGAUUACUCUGAUUCCGAGGAGGGAAGGGCACCACUGAGUAAGAAGGUGCUACUAGAGGGAAUCUUGCAGUUGCUCCAGCCUGGGGAGACUGUGGCUAAAGGAAUCCAACGUCUUGGAGGGACACGAGGCAAAAAGACUGCUGGGGGCCAGAGAGCAAGACAGAGGCAGAACCCAGCAGUCAGAAGAAAGAAUAGAGGGACUAAGUUAGAAGAAGACAGAGAGCAGGAAUAUAAUGCAGAUUCGAAAAUGGACGAGGGAGAAACGGAUUCAAGGCAAGAGAGCAACGAUGAACAAAAUAAGGAACUGGAAAGCCGGGUUGGAAGUGAACAGGGUCAGGAGUCCCUAAAGGAGAGAGCACAAGAUAAUGGGAAACCAGAAACUGCUCAGAGUAGGGAGGGAACAAACAAGUCAGAAGAUAGGCCAGAACCCCUGGAGCUGCUCAUAUCUCUAGCAGAUCAGAUGGUGGCCCUUGGAGUGUAUGAGAUCUAUCAGGACACGUACGAGAAGUUGGCAUACAGACUCAAGACCAUGGCUCCACCUGCUGAGCUGGACAUGUUUGCUGAUGAGGUGGAAGAGCAAACCCUGGAGAAGGCAGCAGAUUCACAGUUAUCGGAUGAAGUUAUGUGGGAGUACAAAUGGGAGAACAAAGACGGAGUGGAACUGUAUGGGCCCUUUUCCAGCACACAGAUGCAGGAAUGGGUGGAUCAGGGCUAUUUUGCCGGGGGAGUUUAUUGCCGGCGAGUGAGCGGCUCCGAGGGUCAGUUCUACAACUCGCAGAGGAUAGACUUUGAGCUGUACGUGUGAGGAGUCCCACUUCCUUCCUGUUCCACUGUCACGGACUCUGUUGGACUAGACCAUUGUGUGCGCUGCAGCGGGUAUGUCUCCAAGUGCUGUUUGUGAGUGGGAAUAACGUUCCGGAGCUUACACUCAUGCUAAUCUGCUCUGUGCGUGUGAGUGAUCCUUAUACAGAAUUACUGCAGGGUUUCAGCUGUUUGUAAUAAAAUAUAUUUUAUUUCUCUGAGCUGUUUGAGACUGAGCAAUGUAUUUACCCACAGGAGGCAGGAUUGUGAGAUCGAUAAGACCUUUUGAUUCCUACUUAAUGGGGAAAUACAUCUAUGUUUUCUACUAUCCCAUUGUAUUUGCCUUAUAGGCAUUGUAAGAACUGAAUGUAUCGUUAUUUCUCUCCUGCUUUAAAGGAACAGUAACACCAAAAAAUUAAAGUGUUUUAAAGUAA